AUGGCGGGUGAAUCGAACGCCAAACAUGCCAUAAAGAGCAGUAGCUCUGGGACAGCAAAUUUUGAAGAGACCUCCUUUUCCGAGCAGUCUAAGCGCGACCUUCGAGAGUUGUUCACCAUGAUCGCACGUCUAAAGCAGAGAACAAUGCUCUUCGCGCCACAGCUCGUCUCGAAUCUAUCACCAAGGGACCCAAAGAACAAGUCGAAAAGCUCGAACCUCCUCAGCCAGAAGAGAAACGAGGCAAUCCCUUUUCUCGCCGACUAG